CGAAGCCGCAUUCGUGCAACGUGCUUCAGUGCUUGACAAGUAUUUAAUGGUUUACGUGUUAGUGUGAUCCCACGAACGCAUACAAAGGCCGCUCUUUAAAAUGGUUAACAAAUAUUCAAACGGGAUAGUGCGGUCACCUGCAAAGGAUUCCUCACACAUAUGUCCAGAAAUGCUUCCGUAUUCUUAAGAUAUACCCACCCGCAUAUGGUGUUAUUUUCGUCCGUUGAUGCUUCAGGGCCAUGAAAGGGCCGUCACCCAGAUUAAAUACAACCGAGAAGGCGAUUUGCUUUUCACAGCUGCAAAGGAUUCUAAGCCAAACAUUUUCUAUUCACUGAACGGCGAGCGACUCGGCAAUUUAAUAGGGCAUAAUGGUGCGGUUUGGUGCAUCGACGUCAAUUGGGAUUCGACUCGUGUCAUCACAGCAGGCGCCGAAGGUACCGUCAGGCUCUGGGACCUUGAAACUGGCAAAUGUACAAGCACGCACCAAACAACAACAGCGGCCCGUACGUGCGCGUUUUCGUACUCUGGCCGCUAUGCCAUGUACUCAACAGACAACACAAUGGGCAAAGACUGUGAGAUGACCAUUAUUGACUUCAACGAUCCCGCACAAGUAGAGGGUCAGGGUGAUAUGCUCAGGGUAUCCGUAUGUCCUGCAUCGGUUCACGCAAAGGUGACUGCAGCUUUGUGGUGGAAUCUCGACGAUGGUAUACUCACAGGCCACGAAGACGGCUCAGUCUGUAUUUGGGACUUCCGACAGGGAUUAAAACGCAUGCAACGUGAACGUACCCAUUCUGGUAUUAUCAACGAUAUGCAGUAUAAUAAAGACUGUACGAUGGUGAUCACCGCCUCAAAGGAUCACUCGGCCAAAGUUCUCGAUUCAGAUUCGCUCACAGAGUUGAAAAAGUUCCAGACCGAGCGGCCGGUCAAUUCGGCUGCGAUUUCGCCAAUCCGUUAUCAUGUCCUGUUAGGUGGCGGACAGGAAGCCCGCGACGUAACAACAACCUCAGCAAAACAAGGCAAAUUCGAUGCUCGGUUUUAUCAUCUCAUUUUCGAGGAGGAGUUCGGACGUGUAAAGGAUCAUUUCGGUCCUAUUAACUCAGUUGCAUUCCACCCCGAUGGCAAAAGCUACUCAUCUGGAGGAGAAGACGGUUACGUUCGAGUCCACCAUUUUGAUCCCAGCUAUUUCGAAUUACAAUUCGAGGGUGAAUAAACGAAAGAUGUCGUCUUAAGACGAUUUGAACUAAAUAGUUUACCAUAAAAACUUGUAUUAAAAUAAAAAUUAUGUAAUUGCUAUAACACAUGGG